AUGACAAGCUGUGAAGUAUGUGGUGCUCGAGUUAUCGAAAGUCAUUUUGGAGCAAUGGUUUGUCGUUCGUGCUCUGCUUUCUUCCGAAGAUAUGUGUUAACAAAAAAGAAACGAAUAAUUUGUAAAGCAGAACAGACAUGUUUAAUACAUCACAGUGAGUUCAUUUUCUCCUACUUUGAAAUUUUGAUGUAUUUUUUAGAUGUCAACAGAAUGUGUAGAUUCUGUCGGAUGAAAAAAUGUUUGCAAGUUGGAAUGGCCGCAACGAGAAUCAAUGAUCCAAUAAUUUCAAAAAGUACUGACAAAAUUUUGGCAUUUAUGAAUAACUAUCCACUUCUACAGGAUGAAAGAGCUAUCACUUAUGGCAAAUGGGCUGGUUAUGUAAGCUCGACAAUCAGUUAAUCACUAUCUAAAAAUUGAUAUUUUUAGGAUAAAAAAAUUAAUUUCGCCACUACUACUACAAUAAUGGAAGCCGAUUAUCGAUUAUCAAGAAAUCAUAUUGAAAGAUCAUUCAAAGAAUUCAUAUGUAUACGAAAAAAUAAUCAGAAUGCAUUAUUUGAUAAUUUUUAUAGUCUUUUGAUGGUUGCUGAAUCUGCUUAUAAUGUUGUGAAUUCUGGAACAACUCAAAAUUAUCGUGCAAAAACAGGACAUGAAACAUUACCGAUGGAUCAAUACUUUCUAGGAGAAAACAAGAACACUAAACUUACUGAUGUAGAAAUUAACAGACUUUUUGAACCAUUCUGGAUGAAAGGAGUGAUUUACGUCAUCACUCCACUAAUGGAAUUGAAAUUGGAUUUUUUCGAAUUCACAGCAAUCCUUGGUUUGAUGUUAUUUGAUGGAAGUUCAAAAGGAAUCGAUGAUGAUUGUGUUGAAAUAUGUUAUAAAAUAAGAAACAUCAUAUUUCGAGAGAUCAGUGCAUAUCAUAGAGAAAAUAAACAUUCUCGAUCAUUCGAUCGAAUGGCUGAUAUUAUGUAUGCACUAACGUUGGUUGAAAAGGGAAGACAAAUUAUGAAUGACCAAAUAACAUUGUGUUGUUUACAUAAUUUAGAUCACAAUGAACAAAUCUGUCUAAUUUUCAAAGAAACUUCACAAUAAUUUCAUGAUUUUUAUAUUACAUUUUCUCCGAUGGUGUUUUGAUCAACUUGUUGUGAUAAUAAAUUGUAUUACUUGUAGACAGAUCAUAUUAUCAGUAUUAAAGCUAUUCUUUAUUCCGGUGUACUUCUACUGCUUCGAAUACUUCAAGUCCUUAUUCGUUGUGAUAAUAAUAUUAAAUACAUAAGUACAAAUUCCCUUAAAAUUAAUUUAAGGCUUCACAGAUCACAAAUAUUUUCAAAGUCCCAAAAAAUGUGUACUUCGUUGUUGAUACUGUGUGUAGCCCACAUUAUUAUUUUUAAUCAUGUGUCUUCUUUCAUUCUUUUUUUUUGGAAUACAAACUAAAAUUCGCGGAGUUAAUCAAAGUGUUUUCUGUUUUUCCCAUGAAAAAAAAAUUCACCAAUUUAUUUUUUGCUGUUUUAUCAAAUAAAACAACGGAGCAAGUUAUUCAAUUUUCCGGAAAAAAAUCGUAGAUUUCAAAAAGUAGUAAUUAUCUAUCCUAUUAUUCAUUAUUCGACCAAAAGCUGUCUGAAUAAAUAGUAACAUAAUUAGUUUUUCUGGCUGGAAAACAAGUUGUUUUUCUGAAAACAAAUCCUGACCAUUUUUAAAAUAAUUCCACUUUCAUAAUGUUUCUAGAAUCAUUGAAACUGAAGCCGGAAAUUUGAAGGAAGUCCUAAAAUGUUGUAAAAUCAUUUCAAAUAAGAUUUGAUUUGGAAUAUACGUAAUUUUAGUUUUCAUUUUAUUUUCAAAUUCUAAAUUGGUCUUUGGUUGCAUCCAUAUGCGAAAUUAAUGAGGAGACUACUAUUCAAAAUUCUAAUUUGUAUGUUGUUCAUCUUCAUUCCUCUAUUUUGUAUGCACUUUUUCUAUAAAUUUUGAACUUUUAUCUUCUAAAAAACUGCCCACGUCAACCAAAUCAAAAGCAAUUCAUUGAAAAAUCCUUUUUAACAUAACUUUUUUCUGAUUUUUUAUAAAGGAUAAACAUCCGCUAAAUAUUCUCAUUUUGAACUUUGAUACAAGUUAUUCCAGACCUCAAUGUUGCUGCUCCAUUAUAUCAAUCUAACCUAUUUUCGAGAUACAAAAACUCAUUGGGAAGCCAUACAGUUCUAUAUUUAUUUUGAAUUUUUUCUUUAUCUUAUUGAGUAAGUGGAUUUCACAACUGAUUUUUUGAGAGUUUUCUAAUCGGACCAAGGACUUUUAAUAGAAAUCGAAUCACCGCACAAUUUUCAAAAGUGGUUUCGGAAUUUUUUCUAAAAAAAACAAACUUGGUACGAUUCCAAAAAUCUUCAAUAAUAAAAUUUGAUUUUUUCAAAUAUUCAUAAAUUACAGUACCCUUCAAUGCGCAUUUUUCUUCUGGGUUUCUAUAACCGCAAAACAGUUUCAUUACAACUUCCGCCUCAUUUUAUCGUGUAUUUAUAUGAUUCAUUGUUGUGAUAAUUUUAUCAUCAUAAUCUUGAAGCUAAUUCUGAUUUUUCGAAUCGAUGAUGAAAAUCUGACAAACAUGUGGUAUUUUGCUGUUUUGAUGCAUUUAACAAUAAUGUUCGUUAUGAUGGCAAUGUGUGUUAUGCCUUUUUUGAUUUUUGAAAGAUUUUUCGCGACUUUAUAUUUGAGUGAUUACGAACAGAAAGAACGGAAACACAUUGCACCAAUAUUGAUUACUUGUAUGAUUUCAUGUGGAAUUAUUUCGAGUUACUGUGUUCGAGAUAGUAAGUUUUUCAUAUUAAUUUUAAAGAGAACAAAAACAAUCAACUGAAAAUUUCAGAGGCGAACACAGCUUAUGUCCUUCUUACACUCUCAGUUUUCAACGUUUUUGCAAUCUCAGCUUUGCUUUAUAUGAGAAUUUACAAUAAAAAACAGUAUAACAAAUCUCACAACCUUGGAAACAAACAAUAUUCUUUGACAAAACGUUUUCAAAUAUCCGAAAACAUCAAAACUCUUAAACUUCUAACAACAAUCAUUUUCUAUAUGGGUUUUAUGGAUGGCCUCGUAUUAGGUAGUAUUUUAAUAUCAAGCUUUGAUGUCGAUCAAAAAACUCAAGCAAUUUGCACAAUUGUUUUGGAUGUUUGCAUUUUUACAUAUAGUAAUUCGCUUUCAUAUAUAAUUAUCUGCUUUUGUGAAAAGUGGAAAAAACUUGUAUAUGGAACAAUUUGCAAGGUAUGUUGAGAUGAGAUCAAAAUCCAAAAUAACAAAUGUUUAUUUUAGUCUGGAUGUGCUCAACAGACCAAUGUUCAACCGCUAAGAGAUUCAUUUGGAACACAAAUGAAUGAAAGAGUAACACUUGAAUCACAUUUCAAAAGUUUGCAAAACACGUGGAAAUAA